UUGCGGGGCUACCUUCAGCCUGGUGCGUUGUUUUUAAUUCUGUUGACGAAUUGGCGAUUGACUUUGCCCCGAUCUUCCCUCGCCCAUAAAAGGUGUUGAGUCUGAUGGUUGCCAGACUAAAAUUACCCGGAAUCAGUAUAUUUCACGCAAACGUGUACAAUUCUCGAACAUCUUCUUGUAGGCAUGGCAAUGGUUGUAAGGAUCGCCGAUUAGGAAUAAUUAUAUUUGUGUAUCAUACGCAUCAGCUUUGCUGGUCGACAAAAUUAGAGAGUAAUUCACGCAUGAUCCAACCCUCUGGCAGUUUGUACAUGUACUUGAUAGGAACUUCAGAAAUGAAUCAUUAUUGGAGGUAGCGAUGCAGUGUUCUGUGACCAUGGCAGCAUAGCAUAGCACUGAGGUACGGACGGGAGUUUUUAAACUGCGUGGUGCCGCCAUGGUGUCGGAGGCACGCAUCGGCGUCUGCUAUGGCUCCAUGGCACUGUUUCUGUCCAUCCUGCAUAAUGUGUUCCUCCUGUAUCACGUAGAUGUCUUUGUGUCUGUCUACCACAUCGACAAAACGUCGUUUUGGAUCGGUGAGACAAUAUUCUUGGUGUGGAAUUCCUUGAACGAUCCUCUGUUUGGCUGGCUGAGUGACAGGUCUCUGCUGAACAGUAACAAAGCAAGCAGUAGAUUCGGUGCCCAGCCAGAACUGGUGACCAAACGGUUGUGGGCGCUCACGGUCAAUGGGCCUCUCUUCGCCCUCUCCUUCAUGCUGUUCUGGUUCGUGUGGUCAUUCCCGGGGCUCCAGUUUGCCGUGGUCCUGUGCCUGUACGACGGGUUCCUGACGGCCGUCGAUUUGCACCACACGGCCCUGCUGGCCGAUCUGGCUCUGUCUGCUAAAGACAGAACCAAACUCAAUGGCUACAGUUCAUUCUUCAGUGCAGCCGGUUCCCUAUCAGUGUUCUUGUCUUACGUGGUGUGGGACCGGGACAACAUGCAGUCCUUUCAGAUAUUCUGCUUCGUCCUCGCAACGUUCUCGGCCCUGGGGUUUUUCUUCGUGUCGCGUUACCUGAGCCGCCAGUACCGGGACGUGCGCAAGAAGGAUGAUGAAAUGACGUCGGUGGCCAGCGUGGAGCCCCAAGAUGACAACACCAAGGCAGCUGGUGAGGAUGAAGUCACCAUUAAGCAUUACGUCAAGCAGCUGAGCAAGCAUUCCAAUUUCCAGUACUUUGCUGUCCUGAACCUGGUGCAGGUCUUCAACUGCCACUUCAACAGCAACUUCUUCCCGCUCUUUCUGGAGAGGCUACUGGGCCGGGCACUGUCGCCAGGCAUGGGCUCGCUCCUGAUUGGCGCCUCCUUCGUCAUACCCCACCUCAACAACCUGUACUUUCUGUCCCUGUGCCGCAAGUACAGCGUCUACACUGUCAUCAAGUGGCUGUUCUACUGCAAGUGCCUGCUCAGCGCCUUCAUGCUGUUUGCGGGGCCCAACAACCUGUGGCUGCUCUGCGCCUUCAUCGCCAGUAACCGUGUGUUCACGGAAGGCACCUGCAAACUGCUGAACCUGGUCAUCAGCGAUCUGGUAGACGAGGACUGCGUAAUCCACCGCCGUAAGCAAGCUGUCUCGGCACUGGUCUUUGGCACAGCCGCCCUGCUGUCCAAACCAGGCCAGACCAUCGCCCCACUCCUAGGGACCACCUUGCUUGCCAUGCAGACGGGUCAUGACCUAUUCCAGUCCAAUUCCGGAAACUCUCUCCGUGCCGUGGACUCAGCCCUCAGCAAGGAGGAGACGGAGCUGGUGCGGCUGGGCUGUUUCCACUGCCUGGUCUACAUCCCGCUGCUCUGCGCCAUCGUCCAGAUCCUCCUCUGGACCAAGUUCACGCUCCGUGGCUCCAGGCUGGACUGGAUCAAGAGGGUGCGGGCCGGGGACAUGCACGUCUUCACGCACGUCUGAUGUCGGUUGGUUUAAAAAAAAAGGACAAACGAGUCCAAAUCGCAGAGCAAGCUUGAUCAAGAAUCUUGAUUAUUAACUUUCGUUUCACCAAUGCUAAUGAAAAAGACCAUAUAUACACUUCGGGCGAAUGCAAAACCAAAGCCAAAUUUGACGUCACGAAACAAUUUGCAGCAAAAUUUGCCCGUGCGCAAUUUUUCAAAUUUGCAGCAUAAUCGUAUUGCCUGACAUCACCAUUGUACAUUUGUGUUUGCUUUUGAGUCAAGGAAUGGUAGUUGGACCACUUGAGUUAACUUUUCAGGACUGACCAACUGAGGUUGGUUACAUCACUGGUUACCAAUAACCGCAUAUAUCUCAAUUUUGUACGGCAGGAAACCAGGAUUGCUAGGUUUCAAAACAUGGUCACACAUGAACGUUGGCUCUCAUGCACAAGGUUUGCUAUGAAUGAACUGCUAGUUAGCCAGAGAUACUUGACUGACCUUGCUUCGGGAGAGUACAUAUAUUUUCUAACUGGGUUUUGAGAAUCUGACUAAUAUUUCUCACUAAUUCCACAGUGACGCGGUGCAUUGUGUGCAGUUUAUGCUGAAAGCAAUGCUUUUGCUUAGUCACUGCAGUCUCAACACAGUCUUUAUGCAGAGCCACUUUGAAUUCACACUUCACCUUAACCCUCUACAUGCAGUGAGUCGCUUGAACAAAGUUUUGCAUCCCUUAAAGUACAAUGUCUUCAUUAAUUUCUUCGACUUCCCCUUAAUUUUUUUGGUUAGAUUUCUUGGGCAUCUUUGAACUGUUCACUGUUGUUGUUUACAGUAAUAAAAAAGAUUACAUCUUCACAAAAGCCUGUCUGACGUUCAGACAAAGUGCCUUACACACUAGCCCUUAUCUAAGUCAUUGCACACACAUUUGUUUCAACAUUGCCCUGAAAAGACCAUAGGUAGUGCAUUGCUAUACCUAAAGACAAACAUGCACGUUGUUACAUUCAAAAUGCAUUUAAACAAUUAAAUUAUUUCACGGAACAAUUAAUAUUAAAGAGUUGAGCAGAAAACAGAGGGCAACAUCUAGGUAAGGGGGUGAAGCUAAAAGCUUUUGUACCCCGACCUAGGACUGACAAGGACUAUACAAACAUUAGAUAUACAGGAAUGAAACAAGACUCGAUCAUGGCUGAAUCCAUCUAUCUGAUGGGUACAUUGUAUAAUGAUUAAGUGGCAUUACUAAUUUUACAAACAUGUAGGCCUAUUGUAGUGUUACUUUCAGUUUCUUGGCAAAUGCAGGCAGAGUUGACAAUGAUUUUAGAGCAUCAUUCAGUUUGUUCCAACUUGAAAUGCCACGAUUAACUAGAAUAUUUUUAUUUAGGGCUGUUCUACUGAAUUGAACAUAGAGAUGCUUUCUGGAUGCACUUCGAGUAUUACAGGAAUGAACAUUUGAUGCCAAGGUAAAACAUGCAUUAAAACAAGAUGGUAAUGCAUUAUUCGUGUAUUUAUGCAUAAAUUUACAUAAACAAAAUUUGUACAGAGUGCUCAAUAUGUGGCUUUGUACGUCCAUUUAUUUCACCAUUCAGUGUGCUGUUAAGUCAUUUAUUGACCCACCUGGAAUUGUCCCAAAAUAUAGAGCAGUUAGAAGGCUCUUUCCCUGAACAAAUACAUGUAUACAUGAAUGUGUAUUUGUUUGAAAUGUGCCAAGUUUAGUCUAAAAAUUGUGGACCAACAGCUUAGAUGAGCCAGUUGAAUCCAUAUGUAGCGUUUCAUCAUUUUAACCCUGUAUACAUGGUUUUAAACUCAGUUCGUCGCAAUACUGCAUGUUCAUUUUUUUUCUUUACUUUCCCCCCCUUUUGUUCCAACAACCAAAAUUAACUGAUAAAUUUACAUGCACUUGGACUGAGAAAGGGUAUUUGGACAAGUUUUAACUCAACCAUCCUUUUCUCUGUAGCUAAUCUAUGUAUGUAUAUAAAGUGAAUUGACCAAGGCGUUCUUGGGGAGAAAAGUUUAAUGAGACAAGUAGUAAUCAGAAGACUUGUCGGUGCUGGAGCAGAGUGAUCUUUUCCAAAAGUUGCAUCACCAACUGGUCAAGUCGAGUCUCGGGUAAAAAACAAUGAUGAAUUCAGUCAGGCUUGACAAGAUGGUGAUGUAACUGUUUGGUUCUUUCGUUGGACAACUGAAAACUCUCUUGCUUGAGAAAGCUAGCUUUAAGCGCGGUGUAUAUGCAGGUUUACAUUCAAGCAUAGAUAUUUAUUUUACAGCCUAAAAUUUAUUUUUAGACAAGAGUUCAUUAAGCAUUCAGUAAUAAUUGAGUGAUUUGUGGAAUCACUGGUGCUGAUUAUUUUGAGUUAGCAGAAUGUAAGAGCAUACUAAUGGUGUGGAUUUUCUGAAUCACAAUCUACAGUCCACCUAGAUUUGUCAGGACUGCGAAAAGGUAGAACUUAGUCUUUGUUACAUGUACUUCACAUGGGGCUUAGUGCCCUGUGACACCUGAUGAGCGAAGGGUACGCUGUCGAUUUCCAGCAAAGUGGUGAAUUUUGGAAGGAUUUGGGGAAAGUACCUGGCAAUGUAAUGGCCAAAAAAAUAAAAAAUAGGAACUGGUACUAUUUCAAAAUCAGGACAGGUGUGCGAUUUUUCGGGACUCUGUAUCAAUUCAUGCUCGACCCCCGCAGGGCUAAAUCCUCCGAUUUCAAUAUCAUUUUAUGAACACGGGAGGAAAUUAGGAUUAAGUAUUAUUAAGGCAAUUUAUGUGAACAGGCUUCUGUUCAAGAAAGAAAUUAAGGUUAUUGUAAAGUUGAAUUGUUUUAAUCAAGCACAGUAUGUGUGACACUCUAUCUCGAAUGAGACUAUGCAGCAGGUAAUUGUAUGUGAAAUGCAACAGCUAAAUAAUUUUUAAUUCGUUUACAUAUUUUAAACAUGCCCUUUUCCAGCUUCUCUUUAUUAAUUUGUUUUAUUUAUUUAUUCAUUUGUUUUUGAAAUGUACUUGUUGAUUUACUUCUCUUGUGAAAAUUGAUGGAUUGCAUUGUACAUUACAUGUUAAGGUUCUGCCAAUGCAAAGAUUGUGGUACGAAGACAUGGGUAUUGCCAGGGGAGGGGGAGGAGCAAACCACUGUUCUGGGGGGGGUUCCAGGAGUGGUGCCAGCACUCAUCAGCUAUGACCUGAUAAACAAUUAAAUGUGAGACGGCCAAUUUUGCAAUUUGUUUUAGCAAAUUGGUGAUUUUCAUCUCUUUAUUUUCUUUGCUUUAACUUUCCCGCCCCUUUUUACAUGUUUUUUCCAAGGGUGGGAAUGGGGGAUUUCCCCGCCCCCUUGUGACACCCACGUACUUGGACAUCAAAUGUUUCUGUUUAUGAUUAAAGAUUGCAGGAUAAAUGAA